AGCCAACAUGGAAAUUGGGAUCAAUCGUACUAUGCCAACAAUCAGCAGACUGCAAACACUUGGCAAUCAGAAAAUGCAGGUAACGCUGAGGCGGCUGUAACUUCUGCAUCAUUAUCAAACUUCGGAGGGAACCAGCAAGUAAAUAAUUUGUACAGUACAGGAUCUGUGGCUGAACAGUUAAAGCCAAAUGAGAUUGGCGUUGAGAGCUUCAUCCCUCAGCAUACGAAUGUGGCUAGUGUCACGCAGAAUGGACCUAUGAGUUUCUCGAAUGAUUUCUAUAGUAGACAGAAUUCUGUAAAUAAUGCUUCACAAUCAUUCCAGAACAAUCAGCUUUUCUCCCCAAGUGCAGGAAGAUCAUCUGAUGGGCGUCCACCACAUGCACUUGUCAAUUUUGGAUUUGGAGGAAAGCUUAUUGUUAUGAAGGAUGACAGUGGUUCUCUCCAGAGUUCAUCAUUUGGAAGUCAGGUUAGA